GUGACCUUUGAAGAUGUGACCCUGGGUUUCACCCCAGAGGAGUGGGACCUCUUGGAUUCCAUGCAGAAGACUCUGUACAGGGAGAUGAUGCUGGAGAACUACCGGAACCUGGUCUCAGUGGAACAUCAGCUUUCCAAACCAGAGGUGGUGUCUCAGUUAGAGGAGGCAGAAGAGCUAUGGCUGAAGGACAGAGCAAUUCCUCAAGACACCUUUACAGAGUGUUACGUGGCUCAGCUGGAACCUCACGAGAGCCCUCUCCCUUGUGGGGGCAGGGGUGAGAAUCCUGUGGUCGUCGAGGUGCUCACACUGAACCAGGAGGUCGCCAGUUCCCGCAAUGCCCAGAUCCAGGCCCUGUAUGCUGAAGACAGGGACCUAAGCUCAGAGCUCCUUGGGGAGCUUGCUGGACAGCCAGACCAGCGUUCAGCAGAUUCUGAGGCUGCUCGUCAGAACUUCCGGCAGUUUUCCUACCAGGUGGUGACAGGUCCACAGAAGGCCCUGGCCCGGCUGCGUCAGCUCUGUCACCAAUGGCUGCGGCCCGAGCUGCGAUCCAAGGAGCAGAUGCUGGAGCUCCUGGUGCUGGAGCAGUUCCUAAGCUCCCUGCCCAGAAAGCUCAGGACGUGGGUAGAGUCACAGCGCCCAGAGAACUGCCAGGAGGCGGCGGUUCUGGUAGAUGUUGUGACUUGGAUACCCACGGAAGAAGCUCUGCCAUUCCAGGGCCCCACCUCGUCUCCGGAGAUCACUGAUAGGCAAGAGAAAAUACAGGAGGAGGAAGUGGCUGACUGUCCAGCAAAGGAGCUGCCUGAGUGGGUGCUGUUGCAGGAGGCAGUGACCUUCCAGGACGUGGCGGUGGGCUUCAGCCGGGAGGAGUGGAGCCUGCUCGGCCCGACGCAGAGGACAGAGUACCGCAAUGUGAUGCUGGAGACCUUCGGAAACCUGGUGUCUGUGGGAUGGGAAACGACACUGGAAAACAAAGAGUUAACGCCAGCAGCUGUUUCCAAAGAAGAACCAGCCCACAGCCUGAAGGAGGAAGAACCUUCUAGGGGUGGCCCCUCACCCUCCUCUUUGGGAGAUGCUUUGGAAGAUGAGGAGGACCCAGAAGGCAGGGACGAGGCUUCAAAACCAGCAGAGUUGGCUCAGGAAGCCACCCAACCUCAAGAGGAGAAAAGUAAGCCCCCGCAGUCCAAAGUGAGCCCCGCCGUCCACACACAGCCUGUUCCAACCCAGAAAACCCCUGCUAGGAAACAUGUACGCAAACACGCCUCACCAGUUAAAAGCACAAAGCCAGGCCUACCUGCAAAAUCUCCCCCGAGUACCUCCAAACAGGGAAACGCCAAGGAAGGCGGUACUGCUGGGCCAUCCUGCCCUCAGAGCCCACAGCAGAUUACAUUCACCAGGAUCCACAAGGGAGCCCCUCACUGCCGAUGCAGCGAGUGCGGGAAAACGCUCCGGAACCCCAAGUACUUCUCUGUCCAUAAGAAGAUCCACAUAGGAGAGCGGUCCUUUGUGUGUCAGCAUUGUGGGAAGUCAUUCAUCCAGAGCUCCUCCCUCACUCAGCACCAGAGGAUCCACACUGGAGAGAAGCCGUUCAAGUGCCAUGAGUGCGGACGGGCCUUCAAUGACCGAUCGGCCAUCUUCCAGCACCAGAGGACGCACACCGGUGCGAAGCCCUACUCAUGUGGGGACUGUGGGAAGGCCUUCCGACAGAGCUCUCACCUCAUCAGGCAUCAGAGAACUCACACUGGGGAGCGCCCCUACGUGUGCAACAAGUGUGGACGGGCUUUCAAUCAGAGCUCCCACCUCAUCGGGCACCAAAGGACUCACAACCAGGGGAUGUGCAAGAAGAAGCCAAAAUCUCCCAGCAACUAG